AUGGAUGGCCCCGCCUUGGUUCGAGUUAAUAUUUAUAUUAGAAGCAUAAGUGAGAUAGACGAUGUGAGAAUGGAGUACAGCGUUCAACUGACAUUCCGUGAACAAUGGCGGGAUGAAAGGUUGCAGUUUGAUGAUAUGGGUGGUCAAGUACGGUAUUUGACCCUAACGGAUCCCGAAAGAAUCUGGAAACCAGAUUUGUUCUUUUCUAACGAGAAAGAAGGUCAUUUUCACAACAUUAUCAUGCCCAACGUCCUUCUUCGGAUAUAUCCAAACGGAGAUGUCUUAUACAGUAUCCGAAUAUCUUUAGUGCUCUCUUGUCCUAUGGACUUAAAAUUCUACCCCUUGGAUAAACAAACGUGCUCCAUUGUUAUGGCUAGUUACGGUUAUACUACCGAAGAUUUAGUUUUUCUUUGGAAAGAAGGUGACCCAGUACAAGUGACUAAGAAUCUUCACCUUCCCCGGUUUACUUUGGAAAGGUUCUUCACCGACUAUUGUACAAGUCGGACAAAUACAGGAGAAUACAGCUGUUUGAAAGUGGAUCUUCUCUUCAAACGAGAAUUCAGCUACUAUCUCAUCCAAAUCUACAUUCCUUGCUGUAUGUUGGUGAUUGUAUCCUGGGUGUCGUUCUGGCUGGACCAGAAUGCUAUUCCCGCACGUGUCUCUCUUGGAGUGACCACACUGCUUACCAUGGCGACCCAAACGUCUGGUAUCAAUGCGUCCCUGCCACCUGUCUCUUACACCAAAGCCAUUGACGUGUGGACAGGGGUUUGCCUGACCUUCGUGUUCGGUGCACUACUCGAGUUCGCGCUUGUCAACUACGCUUCUCGAAGCGACGCGCACAAGAAGAGUGCCAAAGAACAACAGAAGAAGCAGUGGGAGCUGGAACAUGCAGCUCUGGAGGCUGACCAUCUAGAAGAUGGAGCGACAACUUUUGCUAUGAAGCCCUUGGUGCACCAUCACGGUGAUCUGCACGCCGAGAAGAUGCGCCAGUGCGAAGUGCACAUGAAAAGUCCGAAAGUGAACCUGUGCAGAAGAUGGAUGAACAGAUUCCCUUCCCGCUCCAAGCGUAUCGACGUCAUCUCGCGCAUUUUCUUCCCCCUCAUGUUCGCCCUCUUCAAUCUCGUCUACUGGACCACCUACCUCUUCAGAGAGGACAGAGAUGAGUAGCGUACUUAAACAAGAAAAAACACGCAUCCUCAAUGCAGCUGAAAAGUCAAGACUCCAGCGAAAGAAAUCUUGAAUUCAUGUGAAAAACCCCGACCCACAACAUGAAAACGCUUUGUUCCUCCCAGUUGCCUCCCUUGCCAUCUGUACGUCUUGUCAUUUCAAGAAUAUAUCUAUAUACACAAACACAUAUAUAUGCGUAUACAUUCAUACCUACACGUCAGCUUGUUCAGGUCAUAAUUUCUUGACGAAAUAUAGUAUGAGAUUAUGCAUCGCAUGAAUAGUGCAUUUCACAUGCAUGAAUCGUUCUGUACAUUUAUGUACACUUUGGCAUUUUGUAAACUAUCGAUAUACGUAAAAUGAACAACUUGGGUAUUGCAUUUUUCCGUUAAGACAAAGCGUGAGAGUUUCCACGUUUCUUAGCUUAUGACUACACAGUAUUAUUUAAAAGUUGGACAUACCGGUAUUUCAAUUUUACGUGUAUCUGUUUGGUAUUGGUUCGAUGACAAUGAGCUUUCCCUUUAUAGAAAGGUAUGCAUUAUUAAUGUAAACUACUCGUUUGAGUAAAAUUAACUUUUUUUGAGAUGAAAAAUGAGUUAGAGAUCUCAUGGGUUUUUCAUAUGAAGAAUCAAGUGAGUAAACUUUCUAUAGAAGAGUGGCAAGAAUGUUCCAAAUUUUAACAAUCUUGACAGUUCAAGAAUAAGUCCAGCUAUGCUGGUUAUUUGCGAAAUACAUUUCAGUAUUGCUCAGAUAUCGAAGGACACGUAAAGGCGUGUUGGUAACUUUCAAAGUUUUAAUUUGACUUGGGAAUUCAUCAGGUAGAAGGAUAAUCAUUUUAAAAAAUGCUUUUGAAGAACGAAAUCAUACGAAUAUAGUUGCCGAAAAAGUAUAUUUUUAUACAGAAAGAUAUAACAUAUUCAUAACUAAUAACUUGUAACUGACAGAGGUACUUGUACUUUCUUUCGGUUAUACCAAUUUUUACUGUUAAAUCCAAGUUGAAAUAAACUGGCCAUAGAACUACAUAAAAGCUUAAUAUCUAAAAAAACAAUAUUGUACUCACUUGGCUAAAAUCUACAAAACUUUGACAAAAUGAAUUAUAUCAAAUCAUUUAAAAUAAUUUUUUUCCCCAACUAAUGUUUUAAGAAAUUUUAUGAAAAUAUUUUUACUGGAGAACAAUAGAGUCCCAACCUGAGAAACUAUUCCAGAGCAAACGAUAUUCAUGUCAUUUCGUUCUAGAAGGUGUAUAUUAUGGAUAGAGAUAUUAAUGGUAUCAUUGAUGUAGAAAUUUUAAGGAAAAAAAAGGUGACUGUUGUAGACAAUAUCAAACUGAGUGCCAAUUUUGUCAUUGUCGCGCCGCGCUCCCUAUCUUAAUGUGUAUAGUCUCUGUUUUUGGUAGUAAGUUUCGUCUUUGCCGGACGAAUGCGUAGAUUCGAGAAUUUUAGAAACUUGUAGAAGGAUUGAGUGGUUUUUGUAUAUUUGUCAAAUCGUUCAUCUGAAAUUCCCUGACGUUCCUUCGUAUAGAGUCGCAAAAAUGAGGUUCAGCUAAAAGCAGGUGCAUCUGACACCGGAAUUCGUAUGACUGGAGACCAGUAUUAUAAUAAACAACCUGCAACUGAAAGUAAGAAUUCUGAUUAAAUAUUUAUUCAAAGAUUGAUCUUUUUAAUAAUAAAUUCAAUUCUGUUACCUCGUCACCCUAUAAAAAUAUAAAGCAAGCCAUCUUGAUUGAAGAACAAAUUUGUUCCACUUAGCAUCAAACCUAUUUGUAUUAUAAAGGUAAAAAAACUACAGGAAAGACUUGGAAUACCUCUUUGGUUUUACAGUGAAGAUAUUUUUAGCUUAAAAGUAAAGAAUUUGAAUAAUAUUAAAAAAUAAUCAUACCGAUUAAAGAACGAAAUUUAUCAUUUAUCAGUAUCGUUAAGAUCUAGAUCAGAGGGGAAUACAUUUAUAAUUUUGUUUUACUUGUUCGAUUUUAAUGUUAUUACAUUUUUUAAUUCUUUGCUCAUACUAAAUUUCAAAUCUUUCUGAAAGGUCAAUAUAAAAAGCAAAAUAUAUCGUAUGCCUUUUUUUUUUCUUUCUAAGGGAGGGAGGGGUAACUGGAACGAUCGAACCUUAAACUGAAAAUGCUUAUUUUGCAACUAUUGCCAAGCAGUAAAUGAACUAUUAGAAAAACAGCUUAUUUCAGAAUAUAUUUUUUGAUUUUGAAAUUUGCUUACGUAAAUUACCAAAAAAUGACUGAUUUUGUAUUUAUCAAUUAGAAUUGAUAUACAACUUAAAUAUUUCAAAAGUACGAUUUCGGAAGCUAUCAUGCCGACCAGUAUAUACACUUUUUACUCUUCUAAUCUUUAGAAAAAGAAUCUAAUCACUGGUUGUCGUAGUAAUUUAAGGUUUCGUAUAAAGCGCAUGCAAAGUCCCAAUUCACAACUUUAUCAAAUUCUGAGAUAUUAUUUUUUCAUUAAAACUUUUGUUCAACAACACCAUAAUAAGCUUAUUCUUUAAGUAACACGGAAAGUUUUUCUAAACUAACUGAAAUUCGAAAUAUUUUUAAUGUUUAAAUGAUUUAGAUUCAAAAAAAAAAAAAAAAACAAUGUCUUACUUUAUCGUCUCCAGUCAUGAAGGCAGCCGCAUCAUAAUUUCAGCGCUAAGCGUAUCAAAGACACAAAAAGUUGUGAAACUCAUCCAGCCGUAGAAUGUAUCUGAAAUGCAGUAAACUAGCAUUAGAGUCCUCAUACAUGCUAAACUUGUUAGUCCUGCAAUAGAAGCAUGUUAUUAAAAUAACUUGAGGCCAAGUUUUACUGUACAUUUAAAUACUCCUUGACGCUCUUAAAAAUUGUUUUGAUACUAAGAAUGUCAACAAAAAUUUUCGUAUCACGAUUCAAAUGGCAAUUUUAAACGUUUUCCUGUGUUUGGUGAAAUCUCAGGUAAAAACGGUAGUAGUGCAACGGUAAAAAAAAAAAAAAAACAAUAUAUAUAUAUA